GAGAGAGAGGCGCACGGCGCACGGCGCACGGGACAGGAGCAUACCGGUCGGACUCGGAAGUCGCGAGGAUGGAGAUCCGUCCAGACCGCUUUAAGGCUCAGGCAGGAAAAACAUUGGGAAAAAUACACAGACUCCUGGAGAAACGGCAGCAGAAUGGCGAGACUAUCGAGCUGUCAGUGGAGGGCCGCCCGGAGCUGGUGGAGGAGAAGGAGCUUCCCGUCGUGGACUGCACGUGUUUCGGGUUGCCGCGUCGUUACAUCAUCGCCAUCCUGUCAGGCCUGGGCUUCUGCAUCUCGUUCGGCAUCCGCUGUAACCUGGGUGUGGCCGUCGUCAGCAUGGUCAACGACCACACCAUUUACUACGGAAAGAAACCUGUCAUAGUGGCUGCUCAGUUCACAUGGGACCCCGAGACGGUAGGGAUGAUACACGGCUCAUUCUUCUGGGGUUACAUCGUCACACAAAUACCUGGGGGAUUCAUCUGUCAAAAGUUUGCCGCUAACAGGGUGUUUGGCUUUGCCAUUGUGGCCACGUCAAUGCUGAAUAUGCUGAUCCCAGCAGCAGCAAGAGUUCACUAUGGGUGUGUUAUCAUGGUCAGGAUUUGCCAGGGGCUUGUGGAGGGUGUGUCAUAUCCUGCAUGUCACGGCAUCUGGGCCAAAUGGGCUCCGCCACUUGAAAGAAGUCGAUUGGCAACAACAGCAUUCUGUGGUUCAUAUGCCGGUGCUGUUGUUGCAAUGCCUUUGGCUGGAGUCUUGGUCCAGUACACUGGAUGGUCCUCAGUGUUUUAUGUGUAUGGGAGUGUUGGGAUAUUCUGGUAUCUCUUCUGGAUUCUAGUUUCCUAUGAGAGUCCAGCUGUUCACCCAGACACAACAAAACACACAUUCACCACACACAACACAACACAACACACACACACACACAACACAACACACACUCUAAAUCUUCUCUCUACCCUGCAGAAAUUUAAAACUCCCUGGCGGCACUUCUUUACCUCCAUGCCAGUGUAUGCCAUCAUCGUGGCCAACUUCUGCAGAAGCUGGACCUUCUACCUGCUCCUCAUCAGCCAGCCCGCUUACUUCGAGGAGGUGUUUGGCUUUGAAAUCAGCAAGGUGGGGUUGGUGUCUGCACUUCCUCAUUUAGUGAUGACCAUUAUCGUGCCAAUUGGAGGACAACUUGCUGACUACAUGAGAACACAUAAUAUAAUGACCACAACGAAUGUCCGUAAACUCAUGAACUGUGGAGGGUUUGGAAUGGAAGCCACUCUACUCUUGGUUGUUGGUUUCUCACAUACCAAAGUAAUAGCUAUUUCUUUCCUUGUACUGGCGGUUGGUUUCAGUGGAUUUGCAAUUUCAGGGUUUAAUGUGAAUCAUCUUGACAUUGCUCCACGUUAUGCCAGCAUCUUGAUGGGAAUCUCCAAUGGAGUGGGAACUUUGUCAGGAAUGGUGUGUCCUCUCAUAGUUGGAGCCAUGACCAAACAUAAGACACGUGAAGAGUGGCAGUAUGUCUUCCUCAUUGCAGCACUGGUGCAUUAUGGGGGUGUGAUCUUUUAUGGGAUCUUUGCGUCAGGUGAGAAGCAGCCAUGGGCGGAUGCUGAGAAUACCAGUGAGGAGAAGUGUGGCAUUCUGGGAGAGGACGAACUGGCCAAUGAAACGGAAGAGCUGUACAGGACUGGAGGACAGUACGGAGCUAUAAACAAUCCCCAUGCUGGUGGUCCGAACGGAGGAGGUGCUGGGGCAGGAUGGGUAUCAGAUUGGGAUAAAACAGAAGAAUAUGUUCAACCGGUCGGGACAAAUAGUUAUUUAUAUGGCGAAGAGGGAGAGAUAGAGCUCACAUAGUGGAAAGAAACAGAGUCUAUAUCUAAGAGUUAAAGGAAUAAAGAUCAAUACAGAGUAAAUAGAGAGAGUGAGUGAAUGUGUGAGUGUAUGAAUAAGCAACAGAGCAAAUGAGUUUCCAACUUGAUGAUCAGAUUAUGUGAUGAUUGCUCUAUAAACAUACCCACUGUAGUGUGUGUGUGUGUGCGUGUGUGUGUGUUGAUGCGAGUCAUUUGGGUUUCAGAUUGAGAAUACAGCGGUGCUCUGUGAAUGAUAUGUUCAGUAUUUUAGGCUUUCUGCCAAAAUCACUGUAAUGCACUUAAAAUGACACAGCGAUAUUAGACAUGUUCAUGGUUGUGGUGUACGAGUAUACAGUAUAUGAGCUUCUCUGUGUGUGUGUGUGUGCUCAUGGUGAGUGUGUAUGUGUAAGUUUCCAUAUUGUGCACAGUUCCUUUUGUUUUAUCCAGUGCUUUAAAUGGUAAAAUGGUUCAAGCAAAUCUAUGGACGUGUAGACAUUUAUUUGAUCAUAAGUUUGUGCACUUAUACAUGAUAUCCUUAAAGGGACAGUCACCAAAAAUGAAAAUUCUGUCAUUAUUUACUCUUUA